AUGAGCAGCGCCGAGGACACAAGCUUCUCGUUCGAGAUGGAAGAGAAACUGUAUGAAUUCAGUGGACAUCCUUUAAAGAUCACGACGUUUAAGGGAGCCGAUCUCGGCGUUUCUGCUUUCGUCUGGGAACCUGGACUUGUACUCUGUCGCUACUUCGAGAACGAAAAGAUUAAUUUUACAGGGAAGAAGAUGAUUGAGCUGGGAUCUGGAACGGGGAUAGUGGGCAUCUUAGCAGCCCUGUUGGGCGGAGAUGUCACUCUGACGGACAGACCAUACGUCUUGAAACAAAUUGAAUACAACGUCUCUGCCAACAUCCCACUCAACUUCAGGCACCGUUCGAAAAUAAGCGCUCUCGCCUGGGGUGCUGAUCAGAACAUCUAUCCAUCUGACUUUGAUGUUAUUCUUGGAUCGGACAUCGUGUACAACCCUACCCACUUUCCAGAUCUUUUACAGACACUUCUGCAUCUUUGCAACGAGAAAACUAUAGUUUACAUGUGUUCAAACAUGGUUGCCAGAGAGGGAGCCACCAAUUUUCACCAGGAACUCUUGCAGGAGCAGUUUAAUAGCGAGUUAAUUCACACAAGCGGUAGCAACUGUAUUUACAAACUGACCAAAAAAACACCCUCAGGAGAAAGGGAUUAG